UUUCGCUUAUAAUGUGUGCUACUGUUGCCUUGGGCCUUGUCCCAUUACUGAAUAGGCUCCGGAGCUGUCGAGAUCGAGAGGGUUUAUAGGGAAGCUUACCUUCUCGCAAUCUACCUACUCAUACCUUGACCAAACCUCUCCUCCGACCUGCAUCCGCAAUGGCGCCCGCUCGUAGUAAUCCGCGAAGUGCGGAUACUAUCCGAAUUCUCGUAGCCACUGACAGCCAUGUCGGCUACAAUGAGCGCGACUCUGUACGUGGCGAGGAUAGUUGGAAGACUUUCCACGAAGUGAUGGCAUUGGCCAAACAGCAUGAUGUCGACAUGGUAUUGCACGCGGGAGAUCUAUUUCACGACAACAAGCCAUCGCGUAAAUCCAUGUUCUAUGUCAUGCGCUCACUGCGAAUGCAUUGUCUCGGCGACAAGCCAUGUGAGUUGGAGAUGCUGAGCGAUGCGAGCCAAAACUUCUCGGGAAUCGCCGACCACGUCAAUUACGAGGAUCCUGAUAUCAACGUUGCGAUUCCUGUAUUUGCGAUUCAUGGAAAUCAUGAUGAUCCCACAGGCGAAGGCAAUUUCUCGGCCCUUGACCUCCUCCAGGUGUCUGGUCUGGUCAAUUACUAUGGCCGCAGCAGCCAAGCCGACAAUGUUGAAGUCAAGCCUGUUCUUCUUCAAAAAGGUCGUACGAAGCUUGCUCUUUACGGAAUGAGCAAUAUCCGAGACGAGCGUCUAUUCCGUACCUUUAGAGAUGGAGGUGUCAAGUUCUUCCAGCCUGGUACACAAAAGGACGAGUGGUUCAACCUGAUGAGCGUUCACCAGAACCAUCAUGCCUAUACAGACACUGGCUACCUCCCAGAAAACUUCUUACCCGAAUUCAUGGACCUUGUGGUCUGGGGUCAUGAGCAUGAGUGUCUUAUAGACCCACGGUAUAAUCCCGAGAUGGGCUUCCAUGUUAUGCAGCCUGGAUCUUCGGUUGCAACAUCGUUAAUGCCCGGAGAAGCGGUGCCAAAACACGUUGCUAUAUUAAGUAUCACUGGUAAGGAGUUCACAUCGGAAUCGAUACGUCUGAAAUCGGUCCGACCAUUCGUGAUGAAGGAGAUUGUUCUGGCAGAAGAACGAGCUAUGAAAGAAAAAGAAAUCUGGCGGAUGAACGACAAUCGGGCGAAAGUUACACAGCAUUUGGAGAGCAUAGUCAAUCAACUCAUAGAGGAUGCGCAAAGGGAAUGGUUGGAACUCCAAGACGACACGGAGGACAGGGAUGACAUUGAAAUCCCCCUUCCUCUCAUCCGAUUACGGGUAGAAUACUCUGCACCUGAACCUGGCGAGUUCAAGUGCGAGAAUCCCCAAAGAUUCUCGAAUCGCUUUCAGAAUAGAGUAGCUAACACACAGGACAUUGUGCAAUUUUACCGGAAGAAGCAUACCGCAAAUCGGGCAUUGAAGAACAACGCAGAGUUACCAGACGAAGCUGUUUUAGCCCAGUUAUCAUCGCUGGAUACUGUUAAGGUGGACAAAUUAGUCAAGGAGUUUCUUACCGCACAAUCUCUCACGAUCUUGCCACAGAAUUCGUUUGGCGAUGCUGUGGCACAAUUCGUGGACAAGGAUGAUAAGCACGCAAUGGAGAUGUUCGUCAACGAGAGUCUGGCCAGCCAGCUCAAACACUUGAUGGAAGCAAACGAUGUCAACGAGGACGACAUCACUAAUGAGAUGGACGAGUAUCGUGCGAAGUUGGAGGAAUUGUUCGCUUCUGGACAGCUUAGGAAGACGCGGAAGGCUAAGCUCAAGCCAAAGCCAGACAACUGGGAUUCCGAAUUUGAUGGAGAAUGGGCGGACCAACCUGGCGCACUCAUACACACUGAUGCCGAAGAUGAUGGACAGGAAGCUUUAGGCAACAUCGCUCCAAAGAAGCCGGCCGCACGUGGACGAGCCAAAGCUAGUGGUACAACUCGUGCCACAGCUACCAAAAAGGCGCCCGCCGCAACAAAGACCACACGUGGAAAGCGAAGGGUUUUUGAGGAGGAAUCUGACGAUGACGAGGAUCCAGAUAUUGUUAUGGUCGACGAUAACGAUGAAGAGGAAGAGGAAGAAGCGCUUUUCGUAAAACCGUCACGAACCACAGCUAAAAAGCCAGCAGCAAAGUCCAGCAAAGCCCCAGCACCUGCCAGAAAGCCUGCUGCACGAGCGACCAAGCAAUCAACACUUAACUUCGCUUCGCAGCCAGCCACUCAGCGGAGUCAACCCGCUCGUUGUGCCCAAAAACCCACCAGGAAACAGGAGCCUAGCGAAGACGAGAUAUCGGACGACGAAGACGCGUUCGAGCCUCUGUCAACUGCCAGGAGUACAAGAAAUAGACGAUAGAGUGGCGAUACGAUCGCCACUACUCAGCUCAGUGGGAUCGGAUCAUGCACAGCGAUGGCGUUUAUGGAUUAUAUGUCUUCACAACGGAGAGACUUUAGCUGAUUUGAAAUGGUAUACAUUCAUGCAAUCCAUUAAUUAAAUGAAAC